AUGAACUUCUACAAUGAAAUGACAGGCCUGGUAGAUGAGGGAGGAGCAGUGGAUAGUGUCUACCUGGUCUUCAGUAAGGCUUUUGAUGUGGUCUCCCAUAAGAGUCUAGUAGCCCGUCAAGCUGUUGCAGCUACUUCUGGUGUUAGGGAUGAUGGAAGAUACUUUGGCAAGUAUUGUGCCCUAGCUGUUUCUUUGCUGGCUUACAUGGGGAGAGUCACAGAUGGGAUCCGCGUUUUCUUAAAAGCCAUUUCAUCUCCAACUGUAUCACGCCUUACAGAUACAUCAAAAUUCACGGGUUCUCACAAAGAGAGGUUUGACCCCAGUGGGAAAGGAAAAGGCAAAGCUGGCCGAGAAGAUCUGGUGGAUGCUUCAGGAUAUGUAUCUGGCUAUAAGCAUGCAGGCACAUACGAUCAUAAAGUACAAGGAAGCAA